UCGCGGGGCUGGGGCCGCGGCGCGCGGCUCCCUCCCUCGGCAGCCCCUUGGCGGUCACCGGCGGGGUUAGGCCGCCUCGUCAGCGAGCCGGGCGCGCCCGCCCCUCCUCUCCCCCGCCCCGCCGCCGCUCGGGCUCGCCCCCCCCGGCCACCAUGAGCGACCAAGAGAGUCCCGAGGAGAUGGCGACAGUGAAGCCCGAGAAGGGCGAAGGAGAUGCCAGCAGUAACAGCAGCGCAGGCGGUGGGGAGGGCCAGGAAUCGCAGCCUUCCCCACUGGCUCUGCUGGCAGCUACCUGCAGCAGGAUUGAGUCUCCCAACGAGAACUCCAACAGCUCCCAGGGCCAACAAGGCGGGAGCGGCGAGCUGGACCUGACGGCUGCCGCCGCUCAGAUCGCCCAGUCUGCCAAUGGCUGGCAAAUCAUUUCCGCCGGCUCCAGCACGCCCACAGCCUCCAAGGAACAGGGCAGCAACGGCAGCAAUGGUGGAGAUGCCUCCAAAAGCCGGCCCGUGAGCGCGGGGCAGUAUGUGGUCACGACCGCUUCCAACAUACAGAACCAGCAGGUGCUCACGGGCCUGCCGGGAGUUAUCCCGAAUAUCCAGUACCAGGUCAUUCCCCAGUUCCAAACCAUCGAUGGGCAACAGCUCCAGUUUGCUACCACCCCUGCCCAAGUCAACGUGCAGCAGGAUGCCUCUGGUCAGCUCCAGAUCAUCCCCGGCACGAACCAGCAGAUCAUAACGAGCCGAGCAGGGACGAGUAACCUCAUCGCCAUGCCAAAUCUGCUGCAGCAGGCUGUCCCCAUCCAGGGCGUGGGCUUAACCAACAACACCCUCUCAGGGCAAACCCAGUACGUGGCCAACGUCCCCGUGGCUCUGAACGGCAAUAUCACCUUGCUGCCCGUCAACAGCGUGGCCGCCAGCCUGGCUCCCACCUCUCAGACGGUCACGUUGAGCAGCUCCGGCUCUCCAGACAGCAGCUCUCAGCCGGCCACCUCGGGUGCUGCCAUCAGUUCCACCAAUACAGCCACGUCUCACGCUAGUUCUGGCGCUUUUUUUACCAACGCCAACAGCUAUUCCACCACCACCACCACCAGUAACAUGGGCAUCAUGAAUUUUUCCACCAGCGCCACGGUGGGAACCAACGUCCAGGCGCAGACGCCCCAGAGGGUCAGCAGCGUCCAGAGCUCAGACUCUCUGCAGAGCCAAGUUUCUGGGGUGGCUUUGCAGCCGGGCCAGCAGAAAGAGGGGGAUCAGGGUCAGCAAUCGCAGCAGCAGCAGAUCCUGAUCCAGCCGCAGCUAGUCCAAGGAGGGCAGACCAUCCAAGCCCUCCAGACCACCCCGCUCUCUGGCCAGACCUUUGCCACUCAAGCCAUCUCCCAAGACGCCUUGCAGAACCUGCAGCUCCAAGCUGUCCCCAAUUCGGGGCCCAUCAUUAUCCGAACGCCCACGGUGGGUCCCAACGGGCAGGUGAGCUGGCAGACCAUCCAGCUCCAAAACCUUCAAGUUCAAAACCCCCAGGCCCAGACAAUCACCUUGGCCCCCAUGCAGGGAGUGUCGCUGGGGCAGACGGGCAGCACCAGCACCACGCUCACCCCCAUCGCCUCCCUCCCCAGCGGCACUGUUACGGUCAACGCUGCCCAGCUCUCCUCUGUGCCAGGCCUCCAGACUAUUAACCUCAGUGCCUUGGGAGCGUCUGGGAUCCAGGUGCAUCAGCUGCAAGGGUUGCCGUUGGCCAUAGCAAACACUGCCGGCGACCACGGUGCUCAGCUGGGUCUUCACGGCACGAGUGGAGACGGGCUGGGAGACGAGAACGCGGCUGUGGAGGAAGGAGAGACCAGCCCGGACCCGCAGCCUCAGCAAGGACGGAAAGUGCGGAGGGAAGCAUGUACCUGCCCCUACUGCAAAGACAGCGAGGGAAGGAGCUCUGGGGAUCCAGGUAAAAAAAAACAACACAUCUGCCACAUCCCGGGCUGCGGGAAGGUGUACGGUAAAACCUCUCACCUGCGGGCUCACCUGCGGUGGCACACCGGGGAGCGGCCCUUCAUCUGCACCUGGAUCCUCUGUGGAAAGCGUUUCACCCGGAGCGACGAGCUGCAGCGACACAAGCGCACGCACACAGGGGAGAAGAAAUUCGCCUGCCCGGAGUGUCCCAAACGCUUCAUGCGGAGCGACCACCUCUCCAAGCACAUCAAGACCCACCAGAACAAGAAGGGAGGCACGGCCAACAACAUGGCCAUGAACGUCUCCGCCAUCCCCAUGGACACGGGGGCCUCGGCGGAGGGGAACGGCGGGGCCACCCCCUCGGCCCUCAUCGCCACCAACAUGGUGGCCAUGGAAGCCAUCUGCCCCGAGGGCAUCGCCCGUUUGGCCAGCGGCAGCAUCAACGUGAUGCAAGUGGCCGACCUUCAGUCCAUCAACAUCAGCGGCAACGGGUUCUGAGGGCGAAGCGUGACGCGGGCACCGGCGGUGUGACACGGCGACGCCGGGCGGCGCGGGGGCCGAGAGGCGAGCGGAGACGGAGCCGGGAGUUAUUUUCACCGCGAGGGCGACGUCCCUCGUCACCCUCCAGCACUAAAGCCCAGCUCCUCUCACCCGGGAUUGCAGCCCUCCAACCUCCGGGGCCCGGUGACCACACACGAAGGCCAGAGUUAUAUAUAUAUUUUUUAAUUUCGGCUUGACCUUAUUAUUAUUAUUUUCCCCCACCCUUCCCUUCUGUUCCGUUCCCUCCCUCCCCGAGAUCCGUCUGCCCCUCCAUAGCUAGCCUUCGAUGCCAUCAUGCCUUGGUAAAAAUAUAUGAUCGUUGAAAUACUUUUUAGCAAAAACAAAACGGGGAAAAAAAAGCAAAAUGAAAAAAAAAAAACCACCACAAAACAAAAAAAAAGGAAAAAAAAAAGGAAAAAAGAUUCUAUAUUAUUAUUAUAUAUAUAAAAAUAUAAAAUGUGUUCGUUUGAGAGAGGAGAGAUUUUGCUGCGACCAUGGCUUGGUCUCUUUGAUGCCUUAUCUUGGAACAGGUUGACCCUCUGGGGCAGCGGGACAGCGCCCGAGCUGUCCUUCAGCCCUUCUCUUACAUUUUACAUUGUAACUUUAAAAGAAAAAAGGAAAAAAAAAAAUGAAAAAAAAAAUAACCACCCUAACCGCCCCCCCCCCCCGUCUUUUUUUGUACGCUUUGCUUUUAGGUUGUUCUUUAAUUUCUUUGUAAUUAUUUGGGUGAGGUUUUGCUUUGGUUCCCCCUCCCCUUUGUAAAAACAUCUGCCCUCUCCCUUCCCUCCCCUGGAUUUUUUGAUCUUUUAUUUUCCAGCCAUCUUCUUUUACGAAGAUCCUUUUCCUUCGGCUUUUCUAAUCCUCGCUCCGGCGGGCUGAGCGGUGACUCUACGCGUGGAAUCGAUUCGUAAAGGGUUUCGUGCAGGUUCACUCGAGGCUUAUUUAGCAGAGGGUCUGGGACCCGGUGUGUUGGGGUACGGUGGGGGCCGGCUCCGGACCUCCUCCUCGGGGAAAAAUGUCUUAGGUUUUGGGGGUUUUUUUAAUUAUUUUUUUUUUUUUUGGCUGCCGUUGGUCGUUAAGAAUAAUAAUCGUCCUAAAAAAUUCAGCGCCUCUGGAGCCGGUCAGCGGGAAGACAGAACUUUUCCAUCCCCGGAGAGAGGUCCUGGCGUCGAGGGGGGGACACGGGGGACGUGGAACCCCCCCACCCCGGUCAGGCCGUCACCGCACGGGUUUUGCCAUGAUGCUGCUGGAGACGGCUCCUUGUGCUUCCUCCUAAAAAACCAAAAAAAAAAAAACAACCCCCGAAAAAGCAUGGGAAAUUGGGGAGAAAAACCCUUUUGGUUUUCCAAUACCCGGCUUUUCGGCUUUUCCCACCCGGGGAGGACCGGGACGGCUCAAUCCUCUUCCGUUCUUCCUCCCACACCCUCCUCUUCCUGCUCCAGUCCAGACAGCAUCUGCCCUUUCCCCUCCGGCUGUAAACAGGCAGGGGCUCCCCUGCCCGCCGCAGGAAGGAGCCGAGGGGGGGCCCAGCGCCGUCCCCCCGAUAGCGGGAGGGGGAAUUUCAUCUCAGGGUGACGCAGGGCGGCUUUAUUUCAUCCCCAAACCGAGGCAGCGGUGGGACGUGGAUCCCAAUCAACCCCUCGAAAGCCGUUCGGUGAAAUCUCUUGUUUGUUUUCCAAGCAGAAAUUUUUGGGGCGAGAUGAGCACGAAACGGGGGGCUGAGCCGGAAAACUGAGCAGAACAGGCGACGUCGGUUGUAGGAACAACCCUGCGACGUGAAAACCAGCGCCCGUUCCCAGGGCGUUGAGCUGGCGUUAGCGGUUCGGAGAGGCGGCUGCCGGCAUCCCCCUCCCGCGGGGUCGCACUCCCCGGAUUAUCCCCUUUGUACACGGGGCGGGGGGUGUGGAAAAAGCCGGCGCAGAGGCCAGAAGCCCCCGAUUUCGCUCGUCGAUCUCAGAUCCAUGAAUCCCACCUUCCAACAGCGUCUUCCUCCCUCCCCACCCGAAGAGGAGGGGUUCUACUGUAUCGUUUUUCUAGAAGUUUGGGGGGGGGGGUGUCUAUUCCCCCCCCACCCUCAGCCUGAGAAUAACCAGGAAACUUCCCGGGAUGUGGGGAGCGGCGAUGCCCACCCUGGGCUGCCCCGGGACGGGGGGGGCUUCGGCAGAGCCGGGAACACCGCGAGGGAGAUGGCGGCUCGGGGCUGGGGUUCCCAAAAUCGCUCCGGUGGGCUGGAAAAACCCCUCUGGAGAGGAAUUAAAGCAGCUGGGGCACCCCCAGACCCCCCCACUGCUCCCGGCAGCCCAAAUUUUCUACCGACCCCCUCCCCGAGCUCAUCCACGCUCGGAGGCUUCCGACGGCGGGGUGGGCUCGCUCGGAGCCGGGGAAACCCCCCGAAAUCACACCAGGGACACCCCCCCCCCCAUCAGUGACAAAACCCAGCCAAACUGUGAAGGGCGAAGGUGUUUUUACCUUGAUUUUGUGUUUUUUGGGUUUUUUUUUGUUUUUUUGGGUUUUUUUUAAUAAAAAAGGAAAAAAAAAGCUCCGCAGGGAGGGAGGCGGCGAGCGUGGCGAUUCCUCCAGCCGAACUUCCCGCUUUCUCUCUCUCUCUCUCUCUCUCUCUCGAUAUAUAUUUUUGCAUUUGUAUAUUUUUAUAUAGGAAACUUUAAGCAUUUGUAUUUUAAUAAUCUGUGAAGCACUAUGAGUUCCCCAGCGCGUCGUGUCCGUCUCCUCCCCCCCCUCGAUACUGGAAGCUACAGAAAAUUGGUAGAAAAUAGGAAUUUUUUUUUUUUUUUAAUUUAAUUGUUGAUUCUUUUUCCCCCCUAACCCCAUAACGUGGGUGUCCCCGAGACCCCCCCCGCCCUGCGCCAAGCAGGAUUCAAGUGCCAAACCCCGGCCCCGAAACCUCGCUGAGGGGACGGGCUUUGCCGCAGGGUUUUGGGGUGCGUGUCGUGUGUGUCCCCCCCCGGUGACAUUCCCCGUCAGCCCUAAUGGAGCUUAAUUUUCCUAUGGAAACGCGGCCAGGAAGGAGGGGGGGGGGGGCUCUCCCCUGUGUUUUUGGGGAGGUCCGGAGGAUUUUGGGGGAUGGGGGGGGCAGCUGGACCCGUCGUCCCUGUUUCAGCUCUGCGGCACCAGGUCCCCUACCCUCAGGGCCCCCCCAAAACACCCCCAGCGCCCCCCCCCCCCCCAAAACACCCCCCAGCCAUCCCCGGGUGAGGGGGGGACGACACAAAAACGUGCCUUGAUACGGGGGGUGACAGGUUGGGGACAAGCCCCCGCUCCCCCCCCCACCUCCCCCAGACUUUUAUAUCCCCCCCCCCAGGGACUUGGGGGGGUCAGGGUUGUCCCCAAGGCUUCCCCCACCUCCCAGCUUUAAUCCACCGUCACCCCUUAACUUUGGGGGCGCCUGGGCCGGUUGUCUAUGCAGCGGGGGGGGGAACGGGGGGGUCCCGCGGGGUCCGGCCCCUCCACACUGGCAAUAAUUCUCCCUGUCAAGACUGUUUGAUCUUGUCAUGUCUGUGCUAUAUAUUAAUUUUUUGGGGGGGGGGGUUUGUUUUUUUAAGAAUCCGGUGGCCGAUGUAAUAACACCCCAAAACACGUUUUUUGGGGAGCUUUUUUUUUUUGUUUUGUUUUGGGGUUUUUUUUUGGGGGGGGUGUUGGUUUUUGGUUUUUUUUGUUUUUUUUUUUUUUCCCAAAGUGCUAUUUUUUUGUACAAAAGGAUUUAGAUUAAAAUGUUAGUUUUUUGGGGCUCCUUUGUAAACGGGGAUGACGAUUUCUUUUUGUAAUAAACACGAGUCGCUGGC